AUGCCGGGACUCUGGCCUGGUGGGAUUCCCUCCCACAUACGACCACACCAUACGGCGGACCUAAACUUUGACGAGAUCAAGGAAGAGGUCAAAGGGUGGCUGCUCUUUGUGAAGGAGAGCUGGGUUUCUCGCGCCCAUGCUGGGUUAGCCGAAAGUGAGGAUGAGGAUUAUGAACUUCGCCAGCGACGAGCAUUGGUCGACCGAUGGGCAGCUGCAACACAGGAGUUCCGCGAUUCCUUCCAGGAGCGUCCCCCAAUCGGCCUGCCUGGCACAGAGACAAAGAACGUCCCAAGUGAUCCGGAUGAAGGUCUUCGGUAUCCUCCGGAAGCAUUGGAGCGAAUGUUUAAUCCUAGCCAGCCUGGCCAUAAUGGAGGUGUUAUCUCUCUUGCACCGGUGGAUGCCGCUCAUCCCGUUAACCAGACGCGAUGGGUGAAGUUUCUGAUCCUGUUGUACCGUUACGACUUUGGGUCAGGCCACUGUCUCGAUAAUGAUUAUACGUUCUCCGUCGCAUCUCUCAACCCAGCUACUACAACGACUGCAUCAUUCGAUGACUUCCUGCCCUGGCUAUACCUCGAAUCUGCCUUGUUUAGUGGUGUCUAUCUCACCCGUGGUGGGACAGUACUCUAUCUCGGUCAACUUCAUAAUCAUCUAUUAGUUGAUGAAGAAGGGCUGAGAACAGGUCGCCUGGCUAUUGUUGACUAUGACAUCAACGGCACUGUCAAGGAUUUAGUUCUUCGGCGCCCCUUCAACAUGCACCAGCCGUAUCAGAACCUCUUUCAUAAUGGUCAAUCGAUAUCCGACGUGUCCCAGGGUCUUGGAGGUGGAAAUUUCCAUAAUCAACCGAUGAAUAUGGACCUACCGAUUCUGGAUAUACUAGAGCAUGCAAAAGCUGCUAACCAGCUUCUCGAUACUAUGAGUCUCUGUAACCUCGAGGACUGGAGGGAAGAUGUUGAGGUCUAUGCACCAGGGUAUCUUGAGCUUGAAGCUGCAGGUAGAGGUCUAUCUUAUGACCUUCGAAACCUGGUUUCACCGGAAGAAGUUACGAUGAGAACAAAACCAGCGAUGCAGAGGCUUUUGUCCAGUCAGGAAUUACCUACGGACCGAAAUGUACUAUUUCCUGUAUAG